ACAGUGGGUGCGUUCACAAUUCUUCCAAUGGUACAAAUAAUGAUUUUGCCAUUGGCUGUCUUUGGUAACAUUGUAAACCAAUGGUGCCAUUGGUUACUUCAAAACUGUGAACAGCAAAUUGGAAAACCAAUUGCAAAAUAAAAGCCAAUGGCUACCAACAGUUACCAAAAGUGACCUUUGGUACCAUUGGUUAAUAAUGAUUACAAAUUUUAACAAAAGGUUACCAAUGGCAAAUAUUUAGUUUCGCCAUUUUCCAUAAUGAAUAGCUCAACAGUAGGCCUUAUUGUUGCACUAUUAAGGCAAAAUGAAACUAGCGUGAUAGCUUUAUAUGAUCAAUUGUCAUCUUUUGAUAUUCUUUUGCUUAAAAAGCGUUCACUUGUUCCACGUGUACAACACUAUGUAGAGGUUACUGUUCCACAUUACACUUUAGAUGAUUUUAAAAGUCAUUUUCGAAUGUCAAGGAGUACCUACCAGACAACAUGCUUGCGUUUACAACCAUUACCUGAAUAUAAUCAGACCACUGGACCAAUUCCAAAUGUUGAAAAAGAUGUUCUAAUGUUUCUAUGGUUCAUAGGUAACCUUGAGAGUAUAAGGUCCAUGUCAGACCGAUUUAAUGUGUCAAAGAGUACUUUCCACAAAUCCAUGAAAAGAACAGGAUCUGCUUUAGUCAAAUUAAUGCCGGAUAUUAUCAAAUGGCCAAGCAAUGCAGCUGCAAUUGAUGACACAGCAAGAAUGUUUAGUGAACGGUCACAGUUCCAAAAUGUAUUGGGUGCCAUUGAUGGAAGCCAUAUUCAUAUUACUGCUCCAAAACACUUCCAUCAGGCUUAUUUCAAUCGUAAAGGGUUUUAUUCGAUUGUUCUGCUUGCUUCCUGUGACUCUAAUUUGUCAUUCAACUAUGUCUGGACAGGGAAUCCUGGGAGUACACAUGAUGCAACUGUAUUAAGAAGUUCCGAUUUGUUUUCGAAUUGCGAUGAAAAAAUACCACAAGGUUAUUAUCUCAUGGGAGAUUCAGCAUUUCCUCUUUUAAGGUGGCUAGUUACACCCUUUAGAGACCAUGGGAAUCUCAGCCGUCAACAAAAAGUAUUCAACAAAACUCACAGCAAAUGCCGUGAAGUUAUCGAACGUGCAUUUGGUUUGCUAAAGUGUAGAUUUAGAAGACUUUUUAGAUUUGAAGUAUUAGAUAUGACAGUUCUAGUGAACAGUGUUCUGGCAGCUUGUGUACUUCACAACAUAUGUUUAACUGAACAUGAUGAAUGCAACUUAGAGGAGCCACAAGACACUGAAAAUAUGCCUGUUGACAAUGAAACCGUUGCAAGAGAUGGACACGAGUUACCAGGAGUUCAGAUGAGGCAGCAGUUAAUGCAGCAGUUGCUUAACAUUCAAUAA